UAUAUAAGAGGCUGGAAACCGACAACAACACAACACACAGAUUGGAGGGGACGUCUAAAAUCUUCAAUCUGCAACCAGACCAGCAGCCAGGAUGAGGUUUCUAGUGCCACUGUUUGUUUUCCUUGCUGUGGCAGCAUUUCACUCCGCUCUCUCAGCAUCUCUGGAGUCUGCGGAGAAAGAAGAUGUGGUCGCUAAGCACGAUGGACUCAGUGAACUGCAGAAAAUAGAUCAGAUGGAGUUCGAGGCCGCUCAAAAGAGUGAGGCCGCGCAGAUGAAUGUUACAGAGGAACAGAGUGAGGACGGCCGCUACCUUGAGGCUGUUCAAUAUGGAUCCGCAGUGGAGGAGCGCGUGGAAGCUGAGGAUGACAGCAAAGCUCCAGCAGAGGGAGGCGGCAGCUCUGACGUCGCAGCUCAGAAAGAAUCAGAGUGUGAGUCCUCUGAGGAAGCAGAUGGGAGGCAGAGGAGGGAGCACCAUGAGGCAAAGGCAGAGACUGUGAGCAGCAGCGUGGAUGAAGUCACUCAGGAUUCAACCAAGGAGCAAGUUUAAAGUGUCCAAACAGUCGAAACAAAUGUUCCAGACGAGGGAGAGAUAUUUGUGUCACCACAGACAUGCCAAAAUCUGUUUACUGCCUGACCUCAAAAAUAAGAUGCUUGGAUUGUUUAUUCAAACAGUUCUCCUGUAUGUGAGUAAAUCUAGGACAAGAAUCCAGGGCACUCUGAGACGUCUGUCCCAUGGUGCUUAUUGUGCUUGAUUUAUACUGUAUCAUCUGCUCCUGGUUAUUUUAGGACCAAGGAUGCACCGUCCCUGCCCUAAAAGAUGCUGAAAGGAUUGUUUUAAAACUGAUCCGGGGAUUAUUGAUGCAGUGAUAGAGGUCACCUUUAUGAUUCUCCGUAGUUAGAGGGAAUCAUGCCCUGGUAUAAACAAGAAAAUCAACCUGAAUCAGUAAAUCCUAAUCCCCUGGGACUUGCUUGGCGCUUUACUACUGUAAAAUAAAUAAAUAAAUAAAUCACACACUGCAGUCAUCGUUUAUCAGUACCUGCGCAGGAGUGAGUGAGUCAUAUGAGAAAAGCCCAGGAGAACUGUUACUCACAUACGUGCUUUGAACGCUCUGGAAAACUACUGAAUUGUGGUGUGUUUGCAAUGUAAAGCUAGCGUAAAGGAAUCCUCUCUGUCUGUCCC